CUGCAGAAACUGAAGCGAUCACUCUCCUUCAAGACAAAAAGCUUGCGGAGUAAAAGUGCGGACAAUUUCUUCCAGAGGACUAAUAGUGAUGUAAAAUUGCAAGUAGACUUGAUGCCUGAGGUGAGCACAAGCACUGGGCAGCUCCCCAACUCAGAGAGCCAGGCGUCCUCACCCACCAGAGCCCAGCAGGUGUCAGAAAACAACAAGACUCACAUCUUCCAGGAGCACAUCUUCAAAAAACCCACCUUCUGUGAUGUCUGCAACCACAUGAUUGUUGGGACAAAUGCUAAGCACGGACUACGCUGUAAGGCUUGUAAGAUGAGCAUUCACCACAAGUGUGCAGACAGUAUCGGACAACAGCGUUGCAUGGGCAAGCUGCCGAAGGGAUUUCGACGGUACUACAGCUCACCACUACUCAUUCAUGAACAGUUUGGCUGCAUCAAAGAAGUGAUGCCUAUUGCCUGUGGAAAUAAGGUUGACCCUGUGUAUGAAACUCUCCGCUUUGGGACUUCUUUAGCCCAGAAAACCAAAAAGGGAAGUUCUGGAAGUGGGUCUGAUUCUCCCAACAGAAACUCUACAACUGACCUAGUAGAAGUUCCGGAGGAAGGAAAUAGCUCUGCAGGCACCCUUGACAUAAGCAGAAAACGCAGCAACAGCG